UUUAUCACAUCAAGUAUCAGCAUUCAUUUAAUUAACACCCUAUAUUAUGAACCCAUUGAUUAUAAUGAGUACGGCUCUGGGCUAUAAGUCAUCAUAAGAUUAUAUCCGUUGUAUGGUUAGCCAGCCAGUGUUUAAACAUGUGCUCUUCAAUGGAUAAAUUUAGAAAGGUUUUUAAUAAAACCUGCUCCGUAAUCGGAAUGGUACACGUCGGGGCACUUCCCGGCUGCCCGCUAUUUUCCGGUUCAAUAGACAAAAUCGUUAAGAAAGCCUGUUAUGAAACCGAAUUGUACCUUAAACAUGACAUUGACGGAAUACUGAUUGAAAACAUGCACGACAUCCCUUACAUUCAAUCCAAACAUUUCGGCCCCGAAUUAACCGCUUCAAUGACCAGAGUCUGCACCGAAAUCAAAAAAAUUGUACCACAGAACAAACCCAUUGGUGUCCAGAUACUUGCGUGCGGUAACAAAGAAGCCUUAGCAGUAGCCAAAGCGUGUUCGUUAAAUUUCAUAAGGGCUGAAGGGUUUGUUUUUAGCCACAUAGCUGACGAGGGUUUCACUGACGCUUCCGCAGGAUUGAUCCUGCGAUACCGGAAGCAAAUAGAAGCCGACGAUGUGCUGGUUUUCACGGAUAUCAAAAAGAAGCACAGUUCUCAUGCUGUAACUGGGGAUAUUUCCUUGUUGGAAACAGCCAAAGCGGCGGAAUAUUUCCUAUCAGACGGGCUAAUUUUAACCGGAACAGCAACCGGUUGUGCUGCUGAUAUCGAAGAAUUGAAGCAACUUAAAUUGAAUAUUAAUACACCGAUAUUAAUAGGAUCUGGAGUAACGGUGGAAAACGCACAAGAAUACCAUUCUGCCGAUGCUUUGAUCGUGGGCUCCCAUUUCAAGAAGCACGGACAAUGGCAGAAUGAAAUAGAAGAAAAGCGAUUGAGCAAUUUCAUGAGUAAAAUUCGAUUAAUAUAGUUGAUGAAAAACAA